AUGAACACCACUCUACCCCCUAACUCUAGCCCUGGCGACCAUGUCCGCAAAUGGGGCUACUCUUUUACUUGGACGGAUAGCCAUCUCGCCAGAGAGAAGACAGAGCCUCUGCGUCAGCAGUUUGAUACAUUGGGUGCUGCUGCCCUGGAACGGCUUCAGUUUAUACGAUCUUCAUUGCUAGAAGAUAGCAAAGCAAAAGGGACCAGUCCUCCUUCAAAUGAUCUUUACACUAUUCUCCGAGACCAUCAUAGGAAGGAUGCGGUCUUAACUCGAUUCUGGAACGAAACUCAUACAGUCCCAGACUGGGUUAACUGGGAGCAACUUGAGCGAGGCCAGCGGUUUUUGCAUCGCUAUAUAAUUGCCAACAUUGAAAUCCAUUGA